CCGUCCCCGUCCCCGUCCCCGCCCGCAGCCCGCACCGGCCAUGCCGGGGCCGCGGCGGGACCGCCCGGCCGUGCUGCUGCUGCUCGGGGCGCUGCUGGCCGCCGACCUCUACUUCCACCUCUGGCCGCGGGCGCGCCGGGAGCUGGGGAGGGUCUCCCCGGGCUGCCCCUGCCCCGCGCCCCCCGCGCCGCGCCCGCCGCUCUCCCGCGCCGCCCCCGCGCUGCGCCGCCUCUUCGCCCACCCGCUGUACCGCGCCGCCCCGCCGGGCCCCGCCGAGCCGCUGCUGGGCGCCCGCGAAGCCCUGCGCUACUACCGGCGGAAGGCGGCUCGCUGGAACAGGAGACACAAGCUUUACCGGCAGGAGCUGAACCUGACCUCGCCGGCGGCCCCGCUGCCGCUGCGGCCCGAGGCCAGCUGGCUGCAGUUCCACCUGGGCAUCAGCCGGGACGGGCUCUACCCCCGCUCCAGCCCCGCCGUCGCCAGGCUGCUCCGGGACAUGCGGGAGCUGCCCACCAUCAGCGCCGACUACAGCCAGGAUGAGAAGGCGCUGCUGGGAGCCUGUGACUGCAGCCAGGGUGAGUGUGGCAUCCCCCCGUGCCACGGCCGGGGCUGGCCCCGUGCCCAACUGCUCCAUCCUCACCUCGGCCAGGGAAAUGCCAAGCCAGGCUCUGCUCCCUCCCACAGGAUCCUGGAUUUCCGGAGGGUGCCACCCACGGUGGGGAGGCUGAUCAAUGUCACCAAGGAGAUCCUGGAGGUCACCAAGAACGAGGUCCUGCAGAGCGUCUUCUUCGUGUCACCAGCCAGCAACGUCUGCUUCUUCGCCAAGUGCCCGUACAUGUGCAAGACGGAGUACGCCGUGUGUGGGAACCCCCACCUCCUGGAAGGCUCCCUGUCUGCCUUCCUGCCCUCCCUCAACCUGGCCCCACGGCUCUCCAUCCCCAACCCCUGGAUCCGCUCCUACUCCUUCGAUGGAAAAGAGGAGUGGGAAGUGAAUCCACUGUACUGCAACACAGUGAGGGAGAUCUACCCCUACAGCAACAGCAACCGGCUGCUCAACAUCGUGGACAUGGCCAUAUUCGACUUCCUAACAGGGAACAUGGACCGGCACCACUACGAGAUGUUCACCAAGUUUGGGGACGACGGCUUCCUCCUGCACCUGGACAACGCCAGAGGGUUUGGGCGGCAUUCCCACGAUGAAAUCUCCAUCCUGGCCCCGCUGUCCCAGUGCUGUGUAAUAAAGAGAACGACGUUGCUGCGCCUGCAGCUCCUGGCGGAGCCCGAGUACCGGCUCAGCGCCGUGAUGAGGGAAUCCCUCCUGCAGGACCCCCUGGCCCCUGUGCUCACCGAGCCACAUCUCCUGGCCCUGGACAGGCGGCUACAGCUCAUCCUGGACGCCGUGGGGAAGUGCGUCGACACCUUUGGAGAGGCCGCGGUGGUGGCCAACGACACCGCGCAGCCCCAGAGCCCUGCGGCGCACAGAGCCAAGCUGGACACUUAGACAGGGCUCAGAGCCAGGGAGAACCCUGCCAGGCAAGUGGCAGCUCCAGCAACUGCUCAUUUCCACCUACAAACACUCACAGAGACUUGGAGGGGAAAUGUCUGAAGAUCAAGAAGCCCACCGGGCUCCUCUGCUGGUGUUUAAGCAGAGCUCCUGUGCUCGGCCAGUGCUGGUGAGGCUGCAGCAGAUCUUUACAGCCCAAACACGGCUCUGGGGUGAAAAAGCUGUGAUCUCCAGAUCUAGAGUUGGCCGUGCCCUUGGGAGGCUGAGGGAACACCUGACCUUGGUUUGCUCAACCUUCACAGGGGCUUGUUCUUGCUAGAGAAGGACACGAGGGUGAGGGUUGAAUAAAGAGAUGCCAAGAGCA